UGGUCGAAUUAAAAUAGAAAAACGCAAGUCAGCAUUUGAUUCAGCAUACCUUUAAUUAGUUGCCUAUCUUUACGUAGCGCAAUUCAUUAUUUCCUUUAACUUUUAUCUUUCUAGUGUUUUUUUUUCUAAAUCAUUAGUCGUCGAUAAUUUGGAGUUUUUUGGUGAUUCAGUUAUUGUUUUAGUGACGGGUCGAUCGCAUGCUUUAAAAAUCAGCUAAGAAAAUUAGUAGACAAGUUAGAAUUGAUAGUUUUAAACUAUAGUAUCGCAUUGGAAGGCUAAACCUUCCAUCCAAUUUGCAUGAUUUUUCCGUUGAUAAAUACCUACUUAUCACUCGUUAAUGUGUUUCUGGUGUUCUGGAAUAUAAUACCGAAAAUAUAAUUAUUUAACUAGUUUAUUUGUAAAAUGAAUACCAACAAACCAAACAACUCAGAAGUAUGUCUGGCUCUAUACAGAAAAUCCCUCAAGUCCAAAGAUAUGGACCAUGAUGGGACCCAUUUCGAUGGACAAUAUCCUCAUGUAUUUGUUACUCUAGGAGCAUCAGGUGACUUGGCUAGAAAGAAAAUUUAUCCGACGUUAUGGUGGCUCUACAGAGACAAUUUGUUGCCAUCCAAUACACAUUUCUUCGGGUAUGCUAGAAGUAAGACAACAAUAAAUGAUAUUAAAACAAAGUGCGAACCUUACAUGAAAGUAAAACCCGGAGAGGAAGAAAGAUAUGCAGAGUUUUGGAAGUUGAACCAUUACGUCUCAGGAAAUUACAAUGUUCGAACUGACUUUGAGAAAUUAAAUCAAGAAUUAAGUCAGUUUGAAAAAGGGGCUGUUGCAAAUCGAUUAUUUUACUUAGCUUUGCCACCAUCAGUCUUUGAAGAAGUAACAAUCUUAAUAAGAAAUUCUUGUAUGGGUGAAAAGGGAUGGAAUAGAAUUAUUAUUGAAAAGCCUUUUGGGCGUGAUUUAGCUAGUUCCCAAAGAUUAUCAGAUCACUUAGCUUCACUAUUUACUGAAAGCCAAAUAUACCGGAUUGAUCAUUACUUAGGAAAAGAAAUGGUACAAAAUCUCAUGACUUUAAGGUUUGGAAAUAGAAUAUUUGGCCCCACAUGGAAUCGGGAUAAUAUUGCCUCUAUCCAGAUAUCAUUUAAAGAGCCCUUUGGAACACAAGGAAGAGGAGGCUAUUUUGAUGAAUUUGGAAUUAUCAGAGACAUCAUGCAAAAUCACUUGUUACAAAUCUUAACUUUAGUUGCAAUGGAGAAGCCUGCUUCCUGUUUGCCUGACGAUAUAAGAAAUGAAAAGGUAAAGGUGUUAAAAAGUAUUAAAUCUCUUGAACUGCAUGAUGUGGUGUUAGGUCAGUACGUGGCUGAUCCAGAGGGUGAAGGUGAAGCAAAGUUAGGAUAUUUAGAUGACCCAACCGUUCCAAAAGGCUCUUUAACUCCUACUUAUGCGGCCGCAGUACUUAGAAUCAAUAACGAACGGUGGGAUGGCGUGCCCUUUAUUCUGAAAUGUGGAAAAGCACUUAAUGAGAGGAAGGCAGAAGUAAGGAUUCAGUUUGAAGACGUUCCAGGGGACAUAUUCGAUGGAAAACCAAAGAGGAAUGAACUCGUUAUAAGAGUACAACCUGGGGAAGCACUGUAUGUUAAACUGAUGGUAAAAACACCGGGAAUGGCCUUUGAUAUGGAAGAAACUGAACUGGACCUAACUUACGGACAUAGAUACGCUGAACAAUCGAAUUGUAAGGAGGACCAUAUGGGAAAAUGUUAUACUGUCAAGUUACCUGAUGCCUACGAGAGAUUAAUACUGGACGUUUUUUGCGGUUCUCAAAUGCACUUUGUCAGAUCCGACGAACUGCAUGAAGCUUGGAGAAUAUUCACUCCUCUGCUACAUGAGAUAGAAAGUGGCGGAGUCAAACCAAUUCCGUACGUGUUUGGAAGUCGGGGACCCAAAGAGGCCGACGAAUUAUUAAUGAAAAAUAACUUUACCUACACAGGCUCAUAUAAAUGGUACAAACGUGAAUAAACUGUUAAGGAGUGGAACAUACAUUCAUUCCAACUUGAUAUUUUUAUUUUUGUAUUUAUUUGUUGAAAAUGUUAUGGUUUAGGUUUGCAAAGUUUAUUAUUUGUAAAAUAAUACGUUUUAAAAAACAGAA